CGCCGGUACCGGGCCGCGCGCGCCGCCGCCCCGGGCUUCGCGCCGCCGGGCCGCGCCGCUACCGCCGCCGCCGCCACCACCACGUGGGCGCCGCCCCGCCGCCGCCGGUCCCCUCCCUCGCCCUGCCCCGUCCCGCUCCGCUCCCCGCUGGGCCUGGCCCGGCCCGGCUUUGCCGCCCCGGUGGUCCUGUGCGGCGCCGCUCGCCGCCCCACGUGCCGGCCGGUGCGCCCCGCCGCCGCCGCGCACGUGCUCCCGCCGCCGCGCCCGCCUAGGCCCGCUGCCGCACGUGGUGCGUGCCCCGCCGCCCCCGUCCCGCCGCGCCCGCCCGUGCCGCCGCCGGUGCUGGCGGGGCCGCGGGCCAUGGCCGCGGCCGGCAGUGACACGUGUCCUUGGCAGAGGCCGCCGCGGGGGGGAGCGGGGCCGCCGGAUGCCGCACCGGGCCCCGCGCCGCGCCCCGCCGCCCCGGCCCUCCCCGCGGCCUGCCCCGGCCCUCCCCGCGGCCCCCUCCCGCGGCCAAGAUGGUGCCGGCGCCUCGGGCCUGGCCGCCGCCUCGGGAUGGGGCCGGCAGCGGCAGCAGGCAGGGCCGCCGCCUCGGCCCGGGGGCGAGGCCUGGCGGGGCCGGCUGCUCCCGGGCCGGCGCUGCGGCCUGGCCUGGUCUUGCCGCCGGGGACACUCCCCUCACCCCCCGGCUCCUCGCCUUGUUCUCCCCCGGGCGCCCGGCGGCUCGGCCCCUGCCGCCGCGGAGCCCAGCCUUCCGGUGCCCCCGCUCGGACGGGGCCCGGCUGCCCCGGUCCCCCGCCUCCCCUAGGGCCCCGCCUCGGUCGGAUGAACGGUCUCUGCAGGCCCGCUCAGCCGGCCCAGGUUUUUCCCGCGGGGGGGUGA